AUGGGGCUACUGACUGGGGAGACACUGGGGCCCCUGGCCGUGGCCGUGGCCAUCUUCCUGCUCCUGGUGGACCUGAUGCACCGACGCCAACGCUGGGCCCCACGCUACCCACCAGGCCCCAUGCCCCUGCCUGGACUGGGCAACCAGCUGCAGGUGGACUUCCAUGACUUGCUUUCCUGCUUUACUCGGCUGCGGAGCCGCUUCGGGGACGUGUUCAGCCUGCAGCUGGCUUGGACGCCUGUGGUCGUAAUCAACGGGCUGGCGGCCAUGCGCGAGGCGCUGGUGGAUCAGAGCGAAGACACCGCCGACCGCCCACCUAUGCCUGUUUUUGAGCACCUGGGCUUCGGACCCCACGCGCAAGGGAUCCUCUUUGCCCGCUAUGGGCGCGCCUGGCGGGAGCAGCGGCGCUUCUGCGUGUCCACCCUGCGCAACUUCGGCAUGGGCAAGAAGUCCCUGGAGCAGUGGGUGACCGAGGAGGCCUCGUGCCUCUGCGCCGCCUUCGCAGACCAGGCCGGACGGCCCUUUAGCCCCAACGCCCUGCUGAAUAAAGCGGUGGGCAACGUGAUCGCCUCCCUCACCUUUGGGCGCCGCUUCGAGUACAACGACCGGCGCUUCCUCAAGCUAUUGGACCUCGCAAAUGAACAACUGAAGGAAAAUUCUGGCUUUCUGCCCCAGGUGGUGCAUGCCAUACCAGUGCUCCUGCACAUCCCGGGGCUGGUCGACAAGGCUUUUCCUGCCCAGAGGGCCUUCAUGGCCCUGGUGGAUGAGCUGGUUGCUGAGAACAGGAUGACCCGGGACCCAGCCCAGCCUCCCCGAGACCUGACUGAUGCCUUCCUGGACGAGGUGCAGAAGGCCAAGGGGAACCCCGAGAGCAGCUUCAAUGAUGAGAACCUGCGCCUGGUGGUGACUGAUCUGUUCUUUGCCGGGAUUGUGACCACCUCGACCACACUGGCCUGGGCCCUCCUGCUCAUGAUCCUGCACCCGGAUGUGCAGCGCCGUGUCCAACAGGAGAUUGAUGAGGUGAUAGGGCAGGCACGGCGACCAGAGAUGGGGGACCAGACCCACAUGCCCUUCACCAUGGCCGUGGUCCAUGAGGUGCAGCGCUUUGGGGACAUCAUCCCACUGGGCUUGCCCCACAUGACAUCCCGCGACAUUGAAGUACAGGGCUUCCUCAUCCCCAAGGGGACGGGGCUUUUCACCAACCUGUCAUCGGUGCUGAAGGACGAGACCGUCUGGAAGAAGCCCUUCCGCUUCCACCCCGAGCACUUCCUGGACGCCCAGGGCCGCUUCGUCAAGCAGGAGGCCUUCAUGCCCUUCUCAGCAGGCCGCCGCUCGUGCCUCGGGGAGCCCCUGGCCCGCAUGGAGCUCUUCCUCUUCUUCACCUGCCUCCUGCAGCACUUCAGCUUCUCGGUGCCCACUGAGCAGCCCCGCCCCAGCGACCACCGAGUGUCUGGUAUACUGGUGACCCCAUCCCCCUACCAGCUCUGUGCUGUGCCCCGCUAGAGGCUUGACCAAGUGCCUAACCCACUCCUGGAGAAGCACUGAUGUACAAUAAAACAGUCUGAUGGCUCCAACCUGGCUUUAGUCCCACUCUGGCCCCGUGACCAGGCACAGCUAGUGAUUUGGCCUCAGCAGCCUCCCCAGGCC